CGUGCGUUCUCCUUCAUCCCUCAAACCGACAAACUCCCAGUCUAUCCAAAGGCGAGAGAGAAAUGGAGAAAUACUUCGGAAAUGCAUACAGAGGAGACCCAGGGAUUCCACACACAGAUCCAGACCGUUUCUUGAACAUCUGGAUUGGUUCCGCUGCUUUCUCUGCUCUUGCCUGGUUCAAUCCCUACAUGUGGCAACUCACCAAUCAAUGGAAUUGGCAUGAUAAAGCUAUGUUGUAUGAGCAGCAUCACUGGAAGAAGGCCAUGGCUAAGAAGCAACCUUACAAAUUCAAGUGGAAUGAAUACAUGGACAAAGAUGCUCGAGACUCUUACUACUUCAACUGGCCUGUAUAUUUUCCCUAGACUGUUGUGUGAUCCUACUGCUUUGCCAUGUUAUUUGGUCAUUUAGACUUGUUGUGUGAUCCUACUGCUUUGUCAUGUUAUUCGCCUAAUUUUCCGGAGCAUCUCUUUGAUUUCUUUUAGCCCUUUAGGGCUUGAGGGGAAAGUGUGUGCAGUACAAAACUAUAAUUUCUGUUUUUAUCUAUAUAAUCUGGAUAAAUUUUUGCCUACUAAA